AAGCUCUAGCUGAAUCUCGCCUUGAUGGAGCACUACGAACGCCAUUGCCGCCCCGAACCGCCGUACAACUGCCUCGUCCCCUCCUCCGGCUGGGUACAAGAUUCCCGUCAGGUGGCCGGCCAGCCGGGACGAGGUGUGGAAGGCCAACAUUCCCCAUACGCACCUUGCCGAUGAGAAGUCUGAUCAGAGGUGGAUGGUGGUCAACGGGGAGAAGAUCAAUUUCCCAGGGGGUGGGACCCAUUUCCACUAUGGAGCGGACAAAUACAUAGUUUCCAUUGCUCAGAUGCUCAAGCUUCCGAACAACAAGCUCAACAGCGGCGGAAACAUUCGGAAUGUUCUUGAUGUAGGAUGUGGGGUAGCAAGCUUUGGUGCUUACCUUUUGCCUCUGGACAUCAUUGCUAUGUCGCUUGCACCUAAUGAUGUGCAUGAGAACCAGAUACAGUUUGCACUAGAGAGGGGGAUUCCAGCGACGCUUGGCGUGUUGGGGACUAAGAGGCUUCCAUACCCGAGCCGUUCAUUUGAGCUGGCUCACUGCUCUAGAUGUAGGAUAGAUUGGCUUCAGAGGGAUGGUAUUCUUCUAUUGGAGUUGGAUAGGGUGUUGAGACCAGGAGGGUAUUUUGUAUACUCCUCACCUGAGGCGUAUGCACAUGAUGAAGAAAAUAGGAGGAUAUGGAGUGCGAUGAAUGAUCUUGUGCAUAGGAUGUGCUGGAAAAUAGCAUCGAAGAAGAACCAGACUGUGAUAUGGAUUAAACCUUUGAGUAAUGGGUGCUAUUCGAGGAGAGAUCCAGGGACACGCCCCCCCUUGUGUAGUUCUGAUGAUGAUCCUGAUGCGGUUUGGAAUGUGCCCAUGGAAGCAUGCAUCACACCAUACUCCAAGAAGGUUAAUAGGGCAAAAGGUAGUGAACUUGUUCCAUGGCCGCAGAGGCUGAUUGCACCACCACCUCGUUUGGAAGAACUUGGCAUGAGUUCUGAGAAAUAUAAGGAAGACACUGAGGUGUGGCAUUGGAGAGUGAUACAAUACUGGAAGCAGAUGAAAUCCAAAAUUGAGAAGAAUUCUUUUAGAAAUAUAAUGGAUAUGAGAGCAAACCUUGGUGGAUUUGCAGCAUCUCUUGCAGACAAAGAUGUUUGGGUGAUGAACAUUAUACCUGUUCAUGAAUCCAGUAAAUUGAAGAUAAUCUAUGAUCGCGGUUUAAUUGGUACUAUCCAUGAUUGGUGUGAAUCAUUUUCCACUUAUCCUCGCACCUACGAUCUCCUUCAUGCUUGGCUCCUAUUCUCCAAGAUAGAAAAGCAAGGAUGUGGUUUUGAGGAUUUGCUCAUAGAGAUGGAUCGGAUACUGCGGCCUCAAGGCUUUGCCAUCAUCAGAGACAAAGUGUCUGUUAUAGAUUACAUUAAGAGGUACCUGCCAGCCUUGAGAUGGGAUGCAUGGUCAUCAGAAGUAGAACCCACAGUUGAUGCUCUCUCCUCGGGCAAGGAGGAGAGGGUUUUGAUUGUGCAGAAAAGGUUGUGGGAGGAAAGUCCUGUAAUGUUGUAAAAUGGAACAGAAACACCAUUUUGCAUCUCUUCUUUCCUUUGAUUUAUAUGUACGAUCAAGAUUCUGGAAUAGGGGUAGAAAUGGACGGUUGACCGCAACUCCAUAAGUAGAGAUUCCUGGAGGGUGUAAGGUUAAGAAGGCCUAAGACGGUGAUUUCACAGUUUGUUACACUCAUGAAGUUUAUGUAUGAUGGAAUUGUAAAUUAUGUUUUCUUUGUUUCCUGAGUAUUUGUUGUUACUUAUUGCUGUGUCUAUAGUCAAAGUAAGCAGGUAUUACCAGUUAAAACGUGGUAUUUUAUUCA